AUUGGGCAUUAAAUUCAUUUGUUUAUAUCUAUGUUUUGGUAGGAGAAGGUUUGUCCAGAGAAAGCGCGAAGGGUAGAGGGAGAGAGUGGAAAUGGUUGGACUACGAGACAUUGACGAUUUGCCGAAGAACGCGGCCAACUUCACCGCCCUCACGCCGUUGUGGUUUGUAGAAAGAGCAGCACAGGUACACCCUAAGAGAAAGUCCGUUAUUCAUGGAUCUCGCCACUACACGUGGCACCAGACUUACCAGCGUUGCCGUCGAUUUGCUUCCGCUCUUUCUGACCGUUCCAUCGGUCUCGGAAACACCGUAGCUGUUAUUGCACCCAACAUUCCAGCUCUUUAUGAAGCUCAUUUUGGGAUUCCAAUGGCAGGGGCUGUGUUGAAUCCUGUUAAUAUUAGGUUAAAUGCAUCAACAAUAGCUUUCCUUCUUGGUCAUUGCACAGCAGCAGCUGUAAUAGUUGAUCAAGAGUUCUUUUCCUUGGCAGAAGAAGCUUUGAAAAUAUGGUCUGAGAAAGCCAAAACCUUCAAACCUCCACUUUUAGUAGUCAUUGGUGAUGAACAAUGUGACCCUAAAGCACUUAGAUAUGCUCUGGACAAAGGAGCCAUUGAAUAUGAGGAUUUUCUUCGAAGUGGUGAUCCUGAGUAUGCAUGGAAACCCCCAGAGGACGAGUGGCAGAGCAUUGCUUUGGGUUAUACAUCUGGUACCACUGCUAGUCCGAAGGGCGUAGUGUUACAUCACCGAGGAGCAUAUCUGAUGUCUCUGAGUGGAGCUCUUAUUUGGGGAAUGACUGAAGGAGCGGUAUAUCUUUGGACGCUGCCCAUGUUUCAUUGCAAUGGUUGGUCUUACACUUGGACACUUGCAGCUCUCUGUGGUACUAAUAUAUGCCUUCGUCAGGUAACGGCAAAGGCAGUAUAUGAAGCCAUUGCCGAGUAUAAAGUGACUCAUUUUUGUGCAGCACCGGUGGUGCUUAACUCAAUAAUUAAUGCUCCACCUGAGGAAACCAUACUUCCUCUACCCCACCUUGUACAUGUGAAUACAGCUGGUGCUGCUCCUCCUCCUUCUGUGCUUUCCGGCAUGUCUGAACGAGGCUUUCGUGUCACACACACUUAUGGUCUCUCAGAAACCUAUGGCCCCUCUGUGGUUUGUGCCUGGAAACCCGAAUGGGAAUCACUUCCCCCUGAAACCCAAGCCAGCCUCAAUGCAAGACAAGGGGUUCGGUACAUUGGCUUGGAAGGCCUUGAAGUUGUGAACACAAAAACCAUGCAACCUGUUCCUGCUGAUGGUAAAACUGUUGGUGAGAUUGUGAUGCGGGGUAAUGUUGUGAUGAAAGGCUACUUAAAGAACCCUAAAGCUAAUGCAGAGACUUUUGCAAAUGGAUGGUUUCAUUCCGAGGAUCUUGCUGUAAAGCAUCCAGAUGGAUAUAUAGAAAUUAAAGACAGAUCGAAGGACAUAAUCAUAUCUGGUGCUGAAAAUAUCAGCAGUGUAGAGGUAGAAAAUUCUCUGUACUCACAUCCUGCAAUACUAGAGGCUUCAGUGGUUGCAAGGCCUGAUGAGAAAUGGGGCGAGUCUCCCUGUGCUUUUGUGACACUAAAGCCAGGAGUAGAUAGUAGUAAUGAGCAGCGUAUAGCUGAGGAUAUACUCAAGUUCUGCAGGGCCAAGAUGCCUGCUUAUUGGGUCCCAAAAUCGAUUGUCUUUGGACCUUUACCUAAGACAUCUACUGGAAAGAUUCAGAAGCAUUUGUUGAGGGCCAAAGCGAAAGAGAUGGGACCUGUCAAAUUGAGCAAGUUGUAAAGUGAUCAUGACGAA